UGUACCUUCAGGCAGCUGACCGGAGCGCGCCACUGAUACCUGGGAUCCACACACAGACACUCGCAGCGGAGCCAUGAGUGAGAGACAAGCAUCUGGAGCAACGACUGGAAACAGCAAACCAUCUGCUGGCCAAGGGCUUCAAGGUCAACCAAAGGUUCCAGCCAAACAUGAAAAGAAGAACAACCUCCCGCAGGACUUCGACAUCGACAUGGAGGACCCUGAGACGGAGAAGGCUGCUGUUGCCAUCCAGUCGCAGUUUAGGAAAUUCCAGAAAAAGAAGCAGGAUGUGAAGUCAUAGAGCGAGCGCCGUCAGCUGCGUCUUCACCUGAUGUGGGCCUGGUCUUGCAUGUCAA